AUGACAGCCGAUCACGCAACGACGCAGUUCACGAAAGUGCAAGAUGUUGUCCAGAACUAUCGGCCGAGCAAACUCUUCAAGGCGCCACCAACAACCACAUACACAAGCAUAGACUUCGACGACACCGGCGAAUUCCUACUACUCUCUCGCUCCGACGACACGAUCCAGCUCUACAACGCCAAAGCCGGCGCGCAUGCCAAAGAGCUCAAAUCGCAGAAGUAUGGCACGGCACUGGCGCGCUUCACACAUCAUCCGAUGUCAGUCCUCUACGCCAGCACAAAGAUUGACGAUGGCAUUCGCUACUUGUCCAUGCACGACAACAACUUCAUCCGCUACUUUAAAGGCCACCAGGGGAGAGUGACGAGCCUCUGCCUUAGUCCAAGUGGCGACCAUUUCCUCAGCGGCAGCCUCGACAACACAGUCAAGCUGUGGGAUUUCCGGUCCCCUCACCCCCAAGGCGAGCUCAGCUUCGACGCAGCGCCUUACCUGGUCGCUUACGACCCAAGCGCGAGCGUCAUCGCCAUCGCCUCGACGCCCGCGCAGCAAAUCCUGCUGUACGACCUCAAGAAUUACGACAAGCCUCCCUUCGCCGAGUUCGACUUGCUGGAGACGGAGAAGAAGUACAUCCACCUCGGCCAACGACCAGCCGAAGGCUGGACUGGCAUCGAAUUCAGCAACAACGGCAAAUACAUGCUCAUCUCCACGAACGGCCCAGGCCACUACCUCAUCGACGCCUUCAGCGGUGAUCUGAUCCACUACCUUCACCGGCCCAGUGGGAACACCCACCGUCUAGCACCCGGCGAUGUACUACUAGACGGAAAUGCUUCGUACGUUCAGGCAGAUGCUUGCUUCACGCCCGACGGUCGCUACGUUGUAGGUGCCGCUGGGUCCUCGAAACCUGGUCUGCUGGUCUGGGACGCACAAGAGCCUGAAGGCAAAGGUCGUGUGCUGGAGCCUACGGUUGAUUUGCCGUGCACGAAACCUGCCGCGGUCGUGGCGCACAAUCCGCGGCAUAAUCAGCUGGCUUCGGCGGACAAGGAGUUGGUGAUGUGGUUGCCGGACAUGGACCUGACGUAG